UAUUUGCCGACCAGUGAUAUAGAUUUGGUGGUAAUCGGGCGCUGGAACUGUCAGCCCCUCAUAGAGUUGGAGCAGUACUUCCUGAUGAACAGGUAUUGCUAUCCACAGGACAUCCAAGUGCUGGACAGGGCGGCCAUACCUAUCAUUAAGAUGACUGACAGCUGGUCUGGAAUUCGCAUUAAUAUUAGCUUUAAUUUAAAGCAAGUCUUCAAAAGUGUUGAUUUGGUUGUCAAAUACAUGAAAGCGAUGCCUGCAGUGAAGAAACUGUUGUUUAUUAUCAAACAAUUUCUAUUACAACGAGAUUUGAAUGAAGUGUUCAAAGGAGGGCUCAGUUCCUAUUCACUCGUCUUAAUGGUCGUCCACUUCUUUCACAGCCAUUCUGGUGCUAAAGAGGAGACCAAUUUGGGCCGACUUUUGCUACAAUUCCUCGAACUCUAUGGACUUAAACUCAACUACGAAGAAGUGGGCCUUAGGGUCAGGGAUGGGACGUACGUAUCAAAGGCCGAACUCCUCAAGACUAUGGAGAUUCCGAAUGGAGAGACCAUUGGUUACAAUAACUAUAAGCCGUCCCUCCUAUGCAUUGAAGACCCUCUGAAUGCAUACAAUAAUGUCUCGCGAAACUCGUAUGCCGUCCAUAAAGUGAGGGAUGCCUUCGCCUAUGCCUUCCAUACGCUGUAUACGGCUGUCGGACCCAAUCGGGCCGUCGUCGACACCAAUGACUCCCUUUUGGGUCGUAUUAUACGAGUAACCGAUGCGGUGGUCGACCAGAGGAACACCCGUUCCCUUCACUACAAUCCCUACCAACGCACCAAAUGUGGACCCAAUUGUAAGCAGGGUAAUUGGCGCCGACCCCGGCAGUACAGCAACUAUAGUAAUAACUCAAGUUCCGGGUACAGUAGUAAUACGGAUAGUAACGGCACUGAGAGGGCCAACUAUGGUAACAGAGAGCACGGGUAUCACAACCAUUAUAAUCACAAUUAUCAUAAUCAUUGGAAUAAUGGCUAUAAUAAUGGAUAUAAUAAGAGAAACAAAUACUAUAAUAAUAACUACAAUAACGGCGCUAAUUACGAUCAUCAGGGUCGACGCAACUAUUACUCAUUCAAUAACAAUAAUCAUAGAUACAAUCGGAUUGAUAACCAAGAUACAAUCGGAUUGAUAACCAAGUUU